GGGCGGGGCCGUGCGCUCGCUGCCCGCCCCGCCGCGCCCGCGGAGGAGGGAGGAGGGUCGGGGACGGGAUCGGGAUCGGGAUCGGAGCCGGAGCCGGAGCCGGAGCCGGAGCCGAUGGCGGCCGCCGUCCCUCCGGGAGCCGUGGAGCUGCCGCAGCUGGCGGAGAAUCUGCUGUGCCGACUGCAGGAGAAUUUUCAGGCUCUGACGGAAAAGUUAACGCUGAGAAUGGAAGAAAUGGGCGAGCGCAUCAACGACCUUGAGAAGCGUGUUGCUGACCUGAUGACAGAGGCUGGGGUAGAAAGCAGCGAUGAAGAGUUGGGAGUAAAGACAUUUACUUAAGAUUUUCUAUGUUUUAUACAUUUCCACUUAAGUUUCGAGUGAUGGAUGAGUAAUGGUGUUUACAUAUUUAGUAUACCUGCAUUUUCUUGGAUUUGAAAGUGGACUUCUUUAAAACAUAUUUAAUAUACCGUGGAAAUUUUUUUUCGCCAAGAGCCAAUGAAUGUGACCACUUUCACAAAAGAAAAUCUGCAUCUUGCUGCCUCUGUUCCACCUGAGUGCCAUAUACAAGGGGCUAGUGCUAACUCACCCAAUGUGCAAACCGAGGCUGUCCAUUCAUAGUGAAAUGUGUGUGGCUUGAAGUACUCCUGCCCCUCAUUCCCAUCCCUCAAACCUAGCUGAGGAUUCUCACUGGCAUAAAUUUAUGUACUUCUGCUUUUAAACCUGCUACAGCUUCCCAGUAUGGCUUGGAGCACACCCCAAACACAGCAGUAAAUUACAGUCAAUCACUUUAUAAUAUAAAAUCAUGCUACAUUUCAGGAUUGUGUUCUGGAUUUUAUAUCCAUCUCUUGCAAAUGCCAACCCCCUCCCUGAUGGAUGCCUGAUUUUGUGUUUAGUAUUUAUGAGGCAACACUACUUCUGUGUUCUGUGGAUGCAAGUGAUGUUGUCUUCCUGUUACUGCACAUUUCCUGAUUCAAAUUCAGAUACAUCAAUUUUGUCAUUGGAACUUCUUACCCAGUGAAAGAAAGCAAUGUCUGUAAAUAUUCUGAAGUAAUUUAGAUAUCUGUUCAUUCUGAUGCCUUUUGCACAAGGUACGCAGUAAUUAUCAGAAAUGCAGAAAGGCAAUCCACAAAGAUGUCUUUAACUGUACAGAGAUCUUCCUAUCUCCGUGCUGAAUCACGUUCAUGAAUAAAUCACUAACCUACUUAUUCACUGUAUCUUUGCAGCACUGAAAUGAGGAUGUGUUCGAGGAAGAUUAAAGAAAGAACAGCAUAGCACUGACUCCGAGAUUUUACAGUCAGGUGUCACACUGACAAAAAAUGUUAAGGGAAAACAAAUGUGUUUGAAUCAUGUCAUAAAAGAAUCUUGAAAAAAAAAAAUUAAACUAUUCCCCCAGGAAAAAAAUAGAAAGCUGUUUGUUCAUCUAAGUGGGGCACUGUAUUUCCUGAAGCUGAAAAAGAAGUGUUAGUUUCAGAGAGGUCAAAGCCACUAUUUUGGAUAGAAAACUAUAUCCUAUAAUGUGAACUUAUCCAAUCACAAAUGUUUUCAAUGUAUUUUAAUAUUAAAAUAAUAUUUGUUGUCUUUUUAGCUUAUAUGUUCUUAGAAUAAACCAUUCUGUACUAAAAAGAAA